UGUUGACGGGAUGCAGAGAAGGAUGGGUUGAAUUCAUCUUUAAAUACCCUGAAGCAAAUGGAAAUUAUGAAAGAAUUGAUUUAUUAGAGGCAGAAGAAACAAUCAUAGGAAGCAUUAGGAAGGAUGUAUGAAAACAAAAGCAGAUUUCACCUGUACCAUGAUACAGAAAAUAAAAAAUUCAAAGUAAUCAUCAACCAACUUCCACAUGAGGACUUUGGGAGAUAUAUGUGUGAACUAUACGGAAAAAAGGAAUCUUCCCCUGCAAAAGUGAAACUAGGCUGGUUAUUUGCUGCUAUCAAAAACUUCAAUAGGUCUCCAACUAUUGGACAGAAUAUGACAUACUGGUGUCAAUAUCCAGAGGGUGCUCCAGUAAAGAAGUUCAUCUGUAAGGGAGAAGAUCCAUCUAUAUGUGAACAUGUAGUCAGCGCUGCCCAGAACACUGAGAGGUUUUCCAUGAUUGAUGAGACAGAGAAGAGAAACAUCACCAUGACAGUGAGAGGCGUGACAAAGGAAGACAGCGGGACAUACUGGUGUGGAGCAGAACACAUCCACUCUCUACAAGGCCAAUACUUCUACCACAGGUUUCUGAUGACUGUUGUGUCACUGGUUCCCUCUCCAACCUCACCAGCAUCGUCCCCCAUACAGCCAGCUACAGUUUCUUAUCACGGUUUUGAUCGGGCCUCUGUGUUGGAGAUCGCUUUGGCUCUCUCUUUGGAUGUGAUGCUGCUUACACUCGCAGUAUAUUUGGCCUACACGGGAUGGGCACCUUGUAUGAGUAUGAAGACAAAGCGAACAGGCCCCUCUAACUGCAAACCCGAUUCGAGUCAUUUCCUCUACCACCGGACACUCAUGUUAAGUGGGACAGCGUCAACUGAACUUCCCCUGUUUGGACUGAACCCACACAACUGAUGCAACCACAAGCUGACAUACAGGGACUGGCUGCUUGCAAUUUCGGUAACUUUGUAAUGUGGUUUGCUGUUUUACUUCAGAUGCAUUAAAAAGCUUAAGCUACACAAAAACGAGGGCACUCAUAUACUGAGCACACAGGUUUGCAUUACAUUGAAAUGGUUAAAGAGGUAUAAGUUCUCUUUUGGUCGUUCUUUUGUCCAGAUUUGAAAUAAUGAUAAUA